AGAAGGAAAGUAAGCCGGAUAGCUCAUAUUUUUGGAACCAUUUCUCACCAAAUGGAAUAAUUCCAGUGAUAAAGUGGGAGUGAGGAAGAAAGAAAAAAAAACUUCUAAUCAUAAUGUUUGGGAAUAAGAAAGAGGAAACUCACGUCAAAGUCGACUUUCUCCUGCGGGUGCAAAAUAAAGGCUUAAGACUGCUCCUGCUGAAACUUUGGGAAGGAAAACGGGAGCUGGCGGGUGGGCUUUGCCUGCCACUCCGCUCUCCCUCGCGGCGCGGGCGCGGCUGGGUUCAGCACCUCGGAAAGCGCCCCUCGCGGCGCCCCGGGAUUACGCAUGCUCCUUGGGGCCCGCCGCCUCGGCCGUGCAAGUGCCACUGCAACUGGUGAGCACCGCUGGCAACCCACCCGGAGUUGACAACCGCAGAAAGACGCAGACACCCACUGACCUCCAGGCAACAGAGCGAGGUGGGUGCAACUCUACGAUCUCUUUCUCUCCAAGGACGGAAACCUCAUCCAAGCAGUCCCAGAGGAAACCGACACAGGUAUUUGAAAGGGAGCAAGCGGCCCCAAAUCGCAAAAUUGAGCGACUGUGGGAGUUAUGCGCCAAUGCCCCAGUGACCGCGGGACACGGAGAGGGGAAGUCUGCGUUGUACAUAAGGACCUAGGGACUCCGAGCUUGGCCUGAGAACCCUUGGACGCCGAGUGCUUCCCUUAUGGGCUGCGCUCCUCAACUCUGCUCCAAAGCAGCCGCUGAGCUCAACUUCUGCGUCCAGGGCGGUUCGCUGCGCGGCAGGACGCGCUUAGUACCCAGUUCCUGGGCUCUCUCUUCAGCAGCUACUUUGAAAGCUCCCAAGCACGUCCCGCAGGCUAGCCUGGGAACAACACCGGCGUAAACCGUCCCCAGAACGCGACCUAGAGGUACCUGCGCAUGCAGAUGGCCGAUGCAGCCGCGAUAGCCACCAUGAAUAAGGCAGCAGGCGGGGACAAGCUAGCAGAACUCUUCAGUCUGGUCCCGGACCUUCUGGAGGGGGCCAACACGAGUGGUAACGCGUCGCUGCAGCUUCCGGACUUGUGGUGGGAGCUGGGGCUGGAGUUGCCGGACGGCGCGCCGCCAGGACAUCCUCCGGGCAGCGGCGGGGCAGAGAGCGUGGACACCGAGUCCCGGGUGCGGAUUCUUAUCAGCGUGGUGUACUGGGUGGUGUGCGCCCUGGGGUUGGCGGGCAACCUGCUGGUGCUCUACCUGAUGAAGAACAUGCAGGGCUGGCGCAAGUCCUCUAUCAACCUUUUCGUCACCAACCUGGCACUGACGGACUUUCAGUUUGUGCUCACCCUGCCCUUCUGGGCGGUGGAGAACGCUCUUGACUUCAAAUGGCCCUUCGGCAAGGCCAUGUGUAAGAUCGUGUCCAUGGUAACGUCCAUGAACAUGUACGCCAGCGUCUUCUUCCUCACUGCCAUGAGUGUGACACGCUACCACUCGGUGGCCUGGGCUCUGAAGAGCCACCGGACGCGAGGACACGGCCAGGGCGACUGCUGCGGCCGGAGCCUGGGGGACAGCUGCUGCUUCUCGGCCAAGGCGCUGUGUGUGUGCAUCUGGGCUUUGGCCACGCUCUCCUCGCUGCCCAAUGCCAUUUUCUCCACCACGGUCAAGGUGAUGGGCGAGGAGCUGUGCCUGGUGCGCUUCCCGGACAAGUUGCUGGGCCGCGACAGGCAGUUCUGGCUGGGCCUCUACCACUUGCAGAAGGUGCUGUUGGGCUUCGUGCUGCCGCUGGGCAUCAUUAGCCUGUGCUACCUGCUGCUGGUGCGCUUCAUCUCCGACCGCCGCGUGGCAGGGCCCGAAGGGGGGGACGCGGUAGCCAGAGUAGGCCCGGUCGGAGCCAGCGCCCGGAGACUGUCGAAGGUGACCAAAUCAGUGACCAUCGUUGUCCUGUCCUUCUUCUUGUGUUGGCUGCCCAACCAGGCGCUCACCACCUGGAGCAUCCUCAUCAAGUUCAAUGCAGUGCCCUUCAGCCAGGAGUAUUUCCUGUGCCAGGUAUACGCGUUCCCUGUGAGCGUGUGCCUGGCGCACUCCAACAGCUGCCUCAACCCCAUCCUCUACUGCCUGGUGCGCCGCGAGUUCCGCAAGGCGCUCAAGAGCCUGCUGUGGCGCAUCGCGUCUCCUUCGCUUACCAGCAUGCGCCCCUUCGCCGCCACUACCAAGCCGGAGCCCGAGGAUCAGGGGCUGCAGGCCCUGGCGCCACUCCGCGCGGCCACGGAGCCAGACCUGCUCUACUACCCGCCUGGCGUCGUGGUCUACAGCGGGGGGCGCUACGACCUGCUGCCCAGCAGCUCUGCCUACUGACGCGGGCCUCAGGCCCAGGGCACGCCGUCGGGGCAAAGUGGCCUUCCCUGGGCGGUGAAGGAGGGGAACGGAUUAAGGAGGAUUUGGGGCAGAGUCGGGCGUGGGGGAAGCAUUUAAGAAGUAGGUGAGAGGAGGAUGGACAGAGCAUGGAGGAGGAGCCUGUGGAUAGGCCGGAGGACUUUCUCUGGAGAGGGGAUGCUUCGAAAUCAGGUGGAGAGAGGAAGCUGGCAAAGGGGCAGAGAUGAGCCCCACAGGCCAGACCGCCAACCUCCGCUCCGCACCCCACAGCCUCUCCUUACUCUUACCACGCUGGGCAGUGUGAAGGCGCCCAGAAGCGGAGAGAAGCAGCAAAAACGUAGAGAAAUUGGCACAGGGAGCGGGGCUUAGCCAAAUGAUGCGCAGACAAUUGUGCCGGUUUAUUCCUGCGACUUCUGCGGAGAGUGCAGCCGCCGCCACAAAGUCUCCUUUGCGCCUUGGCUAAUGAGAUUGCAGCAACCCCAAGGUCCUACUUGCUGCGGGGCUGCCCCAGGAAUCUAGAGCUAGGAAGCAAGACACGUUUUUGGAGUUAAGAAAGAGAACUGACCAUCCUGAUGCGUCCCCAGGAGAAACGGCAAAGGAAAGCCACCUCCCAUGGAGUCAUUAUGACGAUUAUCAUUCUGGACUGGGCCAGCGGGAACACACUGAGCCCGACCUAGCUGCAUAGCCCCGGAGCUCAGACGUUAGCAGGGGGAUAACACCUGUCACCAGCUUGGGAGAGCGAUUCUCUGAGGAGUGGCGUCACUGAGGGAGGGAGCGGACGCAGUGUAAUUAGAAGGGCUGGUUAAGGAAAUUUAUUCAGGUUGCUGCCCCAAAAGGUAAAAGGGGGCUCAUAUGCUCACGUGGUAGCAGCAUUGGAAGUGGAGCGCUGGAGCGUUGCGAGGAGGAAGCCCGGGCGCUCCAGUUCCUCUGAGAGCAGGCUGGGUGCCUGUAGGCACUCUGGUCUGCGUGCUGCCGGUGAGCUGGGCCCAGAGGCAUCUUGAAGAGCUCUACUGGGAAGAGUGGGGGCACUUCUGCAUUUCCUCCCUUCCCACGCUUUGCGAAUCAAGCUGUUCCUUUGAUUGAGGCCCUGGACCAGCGAGUAGAGGGAUGGUU